AUGAACGGGCACAUUCGAUUUUAUACCGCUUCACAUACAAGGCAGCUCCGACAAGAAGGCCAAGUCCGUCGAGAAUCGCCGCGUCCAAGCCAUGGACAGCCAGAGCGGAUUCUGUCGUCACGGGGACUCAACAACAACAUGAGUUCCAACAGGCACACGGUCAUUGUCUUGAGUGAUUCCGAAGAGGAAGACGACGACGAAGAAGACGCGCCCAACAGGGAACCGGAGCCCAUAGACUUGACCAACGAUGAUGAUGCGUCUGCUCCGCGUCGGGUACCCAUCAUUCUGUCGCAACCGCGUCUUGCCGCCAAAAAGCAAACUUCACUGCCACUCCUCCGAGGUCAACAAAUGCCCUUAGACCGGGUCGAACUUACGCGAAUAAAACUUCCUCUAAUUAAUAAUCAGCCAAAGUGCGCACAAAAUUCCAUGUCCGCCCCCGUGGCACGACAACAGUCCGCAUCCCAGAAUGACGGGGUUUCCACUCCCCGCCAGAAGUCUCAACCUCGAGUGACAAAUGAGGUCCAGGAGCCGCCUUCAAACGGGAUCACACCUCAAUCUACGUUUAUUCCUCAAUAUAUUUCUUAUCAUAGGGAGAAGAACAUUAAUCCUCUACAGGAGCGUGUAGAAAUCACGGAUCCUAACUGGGAAAAGGCGGUUGAAAAAGCCUUCGAAGAACCCGCCCAAUUCAAUGCGGUGGAAAAGACGCAACCAUCAGCGAACAUCAACAGCCCGGUCUGUGAUACCUGCAAUUUUCAAUCCAGACAGUGUGAUGGGCUCCGACCCUGUACACAGUGCAACUCGAUAGGGCGAGGUGAUCGGUGCACGUAUCUGAUGUCGCCGCUACCUUCUGAGCGACGGUCACUGGUGGUCAGACUCCCACUACUAAGCCCAAGCAAUAUUCCCAGUGGAGGCAACCUGGAAAGUCCUACAACUUCGGAGCACGAACCAGGAUGUGGCGGAGGUAAGAGUAAUGGUAUGGCAGGGUCGGACAAUGCCAUGUCAAAUAAUAGAGCUUCUACUGAAACCGCCAAAACUAAAGCCGCCCUCCAAAACCGCCAAAUACGCACCAGAGAAGGCGUGGAGAACAAUCUUCCAAACCGAUUGGAGCGAGAUGAACCUACCGGCGGACUCGACCGGGAAAUCUCAGACAGUGAAGCACACACGAGUGAAACAGACAUCCAGCUCGACAAUGAGAGCGACGCGACAGGAAAGUCGACGGAUCCGGUUGACCAAGAUCAAACUGAACCCGACAUCGAGACGGUGAGACGGCUGGUAGAGAGACUACGUAGGGACCUUCACGCGUGGCAAGAAGAAUUCGUUCAAGCGGACUUAAGGAAAGCGACAGUCGCCAUGAGAGGUUGGCCACGAGCCCGACUUGAUUCAACAUUGUCAAAUCCAUUUCAAAAAAUCACCCAGGAGCGAAUGACCGCUUCGGGCAAUCCCCUUCCGUCCCCGGAGAGACCACAGCAGAGAAAGUUGACCAUCGUUCGCGCGCCUGAGAGCUCAUUUUGGACAGGGUCAAUCUUGUUACCCAAAUACAAGGCUAUUGGACGAGUUUCAUCGAGUUUUUUGGCCCCAAAUUUUCGCACAGCCAAAUAUCGGCCUUACGACGCGGAAGACGAAAUUCAAGACCCAGAAGCCACAGAAAAAUAUGCGGAACUCGAGCAGAGAUUCAACAAUAACUAUGACAGCCUAAAGGCCCAGCGAAGCUGUCAAGAACAGAUCUGGCUCUGGAGGCCUUGGGCAGACGAACUCCUUUCGUGCCUGGGCAUCGAGAGAAGUGAUAUACUCUAUUACUACACCGUGAACCACUUCGAUCCGGGCCGUCAGUGUGCAUGCGGAUGGUCUGCAGAAAGCUCCAAGGCAUGGAGAGAAGAGCAAUUUCGAAGAUGCAGAACCUGUGAACUUGUGGACCCCGAAAGUCGAUGGACACAUUUCAGUGAAACUUUCAGCAAACUGCCAGUGCCUGACGACAGGAGUCUUGCGCUUGCGGGACUCGCGGCUCAUGCUUUCCAUGAGAUGACCAGAGUAAGUCUAUGGCACAUUGCUCUCGGUGGUAUUUUGCAGCCAAGGUAUGAGGAUCCUCAAGCCAUUGUCAAAAAAGGAUCUACUUUCUGCGUGAUCUGUUAUCGUCAUCAAUGUCCGGAUCAUGGAUCAUAUGAGGAACCCAUUGAUGAAGACCGUGGGGUCAAAGAUCCCGAAGAGCUCAAGGCUUUUAUCAACGAUGAGGAGCAGGACCGCAAUCUUCGAAAAUUUAUGAUCCUACCUACACGGACUAGGGAGGAAUCCGCCCCCCAUGUUUGUGGAUUGUUUUGUGUCGAUACCUCGCAGAAUUUGCGACAGCUCAUCGGACGCCGAGAGGAUGGAUGUAUUGCUGGUGAUAGCAGGCCAACCCCUCAGACCACGCAAAGACUUGAAGAUGAUGAUCUUUGUGGACCCUCGUGUUUCUGGGACGUGGCGAACCGACCGAAUUGCAAGAUGUCCGACAUCAAUUUUCGGCCAUUUAUUUCGCAUUCACAGAAACUUCUGGUGGAGAAACUGAUGCAGUUUUACAUGAAUAACAAAAGAGGACCUUGUCUUAUUGCCCGCAUCGUCAAAGACAUCGGUUGUUUGAUGGUUUUUCAUCAUAUGGUAUUUCGCAUAUCCCGAGUGCCUCACCCGGGCGCCGAUGCAGGCUUAACGUCUGACAGUAGUACUGCUCAGCGUCACCACAAUCACAUGCGCAAGAAAAAGAAACCUGUGCCCACAAUUGAUGUUUCAAGAAGUGCGGAGCUGGAUCAACGGCCACCCUUCAUUCCAUGCUCUCAUGAUGGUCCCUGCUACAAUAAUCCAGCCUGUACCUGCUCCAGGAGCAAGGUCCAUUGUGAAAGAUUUUGUGGCUGCGACGACUCUUGCAAACGGCGCUUUCGGGGUUGUAGCUGCACGACUCGUGGCAGCAAAAACUGCUUCAAAGAUAGCCGAUGCGAGUGUUGGAAGCACAAUCGUGAAUGUGAUCCGUAUCUAUGUGGAAAGUGCGGUGUGAUUGACGUCCUGGAUUCCUCCAACAAAUACAGAGAUGAGGUCCGAAAAGGACGAUGCAAGAACAAUCGGAUCCAGCUGGGGCUCCCUGCGCCUACCACCAAGGCCCCGAGUCAAGUGCAAGGCUACGGCCUGUACAGCCGGGCAGAGAUUGCCAGUGGCGACUUCAUUGGCGAGUACACUGGAGAGGUCAUCAGCAUUUCAGAAGGUGACAGGCGAGGCGCCAUGUAUCACGUCUUAAACCAGGAAUACCUGUUUGUCAUCAACAAAGGCCAAGAGAUCGACGCGUCGAAUCAUGGUAACAAGAUGAGAUUCAUGAACAACUCGCAGAGAGAGGAACACAUUAAUGUUGAACCCAAGAAAUUAUGGUGCAGCGGCGUAGUCAGGGUUGGACUCUUUGCAAAGAGACUGGUCCGAGCUGGUGAGGAACUGCUGUACAAUUAUAACUAUCCGGAAUCGGUGGUGAAAAAUUUCUGGGAACCAGGCGAAAGGCCUGCCAACGCUAGGGGGCUAAUUCCUCUGACUCAAGAACGCCUCGCUAGAACCACUGGAGCAAACAAGCUUGCAGAGGAGAACGGCCACGACAUGCACGACGACAAUGGUCAGUCCCCGUCGUUGACUCGCCGCCCAAAACGGAAGAGACCGGUUGGAGAAAGUCCUCUUCUCAACGGCAUGGAUUCAGAAACCUCGACGGAUGAGAUACUCGAAAUACCAGCAAUUGACGAUUCAGAAGACUCGGACUACGAGACCAAUGAUCUCGUGUCUGAUGAGGGCGACUCGGACGAAGACUCGGACGAAGACUCGGAUCUGGGUCCAAUCGAAGAACCGCAGUCGCGAGGAGGAAGCUCCUCCAAUGGUCGUCCGCGUAGAGCAAUUCGAAACUCGUCCCUUCAAGGUCGUUGGUCCAGUGGUUCAAAGACCGUUAGGAAUACCAAGUCCGGGGAGAUUAACGGUCUAAGGGACGGGUCGACAAGAAGAAAUCACAGUCGAAAUAAUCUGGAUUCAAGGAGCAGGAGCAAGAAGGACAUUUCUAUGGUAGGCCGGCAGAGGAGGAUAGGACCCAACGAUAAGAGGUAUGGAGGCAAGGCGCAACAGCAGGCAUGGCGGACGAGAAGGCUCAACGAAAGUCUGGGCAUCCCGCCGAACAGCAUAUCACCUAGAGGACGGCGAUCUUAA